GGGACCUUCACCAGUCAGUUAAUGUUGUAAACCUAACGUAAAAACCCCAAAUAAACAAACAACAAUCAAAACAAUUUAAUAACGAGUGUAUGUGCUAAUAUUUGUAUUAAACAACAAACAUAAAACUGAUCGAUUGGUGGUGUUCUUGAUGGUAAUAACCGCGCGCAUGUGUCAAUAACGGUGUCGCACAUUGAACGGAACAUUGAACGAAAAAAAACGAUGGAUGUGAACAAACUGAAGAACAAUUCGAAGAGUGCGUUGGGCAGUUUGUUACAGGGCAACUCAAAAAUUCCGAAUUUGGUGCCGCCUGUUUUGCACGAGGUUGGCAAGUUGGCCGCUGGCGUCGCUGCCGUCAGCACCGCCAAUAACGUCGGAUCCGCAACAGGAAAUCCGAGAAACAAAUGCGCCUUACAGCCCGGCCACUCGCUUAUGGACUGGAUCCGACUCGGUAAUUCCGGAAAGGACCUCACCGGAGUCGGUGCUAAAGCAGGACGACUUUCGGUGACCUCUAAAGAACUGGCCACACACGAUAAGGAAACGGAUUGUUGGAUAGCUAUAAGAGGAAGAGUGUUCAAUGUUACGGCUUAUUUACCAUUUCAUCCAGGUGGGGUGGAGGAGUUGAUGAAGGGGGCUGGGAAAGAUGCAACCACUCUAUUUGAUCAGGUUCACCCUUGGGUAAACUAUGAAUCGAUUCUCCAAAAAUGUUACGUUGGUCGUUUGGUAUCCAUAGACCCCAGCAUAAACAAGGAAGAACUGUUCAUGGGCAAGGACAGUUUCAUAGUACCAAAGUCGCCGACUACCCAAGUGAAAACACCAAUAACCCCAUCGAAAAGUCCAGUUGUAAAUAGUCCUAGUACGAUUAAAUCACCGGAUCCGAAGCAAUACGUUGAAACUAGCGUGCAAACGCCCGAAGAUGAGUCUUUGCCUUUGCCUCGUUUCGAUUGGAUACAAAAAAUGAAUUCGAUAACGAUCGUUUUUUAUACUGGAGCGUUUUCCAAUCCUUACGUGGAAAUAAGCCCUCCUAACCAAGACAAUGAGAUAAACAUAAAUUUGUGUUACAAAAACACGUUGUUUAAUAAUGAAAUCCAGUUUUUGCAUCCGGUAAAAUUUCCAUGUAAAACUAAAGUGUACUUUGAAACUGGAAAAGUGGAGAUGGUGUUUAUGAAAAACAACAGCGAUAUUUGGGAAAAUUAUGGGUUGUUACGUCAAAAAAGCACACAAAUUAUACAGGGAAGUUUAAGAACAAAUUUCGUGUUAGUCGACAAGAAACAAGUCAACCACAAUACGUAUCUGUUGAAGCUGGAACGUGCGGAUAAAUACAGAUGUGUCGUACCGAUUGGAAAGCACGUCAGAGUGUUUGCUCUAAUCCAAGGAUCUGAAAUUUCAAGAAGUUAUACAGCAGUACCUGAUUCAUUGUUCAAUAAUUUUGGCCCGAAAAACGAGAGUACUGAUUCAGUUUGUUUAAUGAUAAAGAAAUACCCAGAUGGAAGCAUCAGUCCAUACGUAACGAGUUUAGAAAAGAACGAAGUCGUUUGUUGUAGUCACCCAAUUGGUAGUUUUGAUUUACAAAAACUCGAAAAGUUGGAUAAAUUCAUACUUUUGGCUGCAGGAACUGGGAUUACACCUAUGUUGGGGUUGAUUACUUUCCUUCUUGAAAGGAGAAUCAAAAAAUGCCAAUCAAUUGUGCUGUUGUUUUUCAAUAGGACAGAAGAAGAUAUUCCUUUUAAAUCACAAUUAGAUGAAUUGGCUAAAAUUGAUUCCAGAUUGAGCCUCGAACAUGUUUUAUCAGAAGCAAAGGAAAAUUGGCAUGGUCUUCGUGGCAGAAUCACAAAAGACCUCUUAACGACUUCAAUAUCGAAAGAAUUGGAAGGAACCAUCUAUACGAAAAAGGAUUUAUUUUCGUGCAUUUGUGGACCAAAUGCGUUCGUGGACGUUUCCGAUAGUUAUUUGAAAGAGUUAGGGUUUUUGAAUGAUCAAAUCCAUUGUUUUCAGGGAUAGCGUUACACUCAGGGUACUCCGGUCCCUGCUUGUUUCUCGUUGCCUGCUAGAAAUGUGACCGAGUUUGUUUAUGAUAUUUUUGAUUUGAUAGGCGAGAAAAGUAUCUACUGAUAAAAUAUCUGUUGAUUGUUUGUUUAUAGUAGUAUUUUCGCGGGUUUCGAACUUUUGUGAUAUGUAAAAAACUUGUUGGUAAUUUUCGCAAUAAAUUUUUUAUUCAAAUAAAAUUUUUUAUGUGCGAUACGGGUAUACAAUUAUGUAAGUUUAAGUUGUUGCGAUGGAAUUUGACUGCACUUUUUAAAAUAGAAUGUUCUGAUUUUAUUGAAUCAAAUACACAAGCACAAAUAGACAUUCACGGCUACUUAGGAAUAUUCUUCUUGUGAUAAACAGAACAAUUUUCAAAACGUUCGUAGCCUUUUUAAUUGUUAUAUUUAGUACUUAUUAAUAUUUGUCAAUCUUAUUCUAGACAUUAGAGAAUUAUUUGUGUUGCAGCAAGUUUUUAUUAUGCAACGUUUUGAAAGACAUUUUUGUAAUAGACUGCGUAUUAAAUACAAAUUAUUAUUAUAUAUAGACUCAACAUAUGAAAUAAAUUGCAAUAUAUUU